UACACAGUGAUGUAGUGAGGAAGGAGGGUGAACAAAAGGUGACAGGAUCUCCGCAAGGGGACAAUAAGAGCAGCAGCCUCACUUGCAUAAGGAAGACUGAAGCCUCGGCUCCCUGCUUCCAUCUCUCCGUAGAGGCCCCGGUGCACAUCUGCGUCACUCACGCGGGAGGAGGAGGCGCCGAGGAGAGAAAAUUGUACAGUGAGGACCUUGACAGCCGCACGGCGGGCUCUCCCCGCUGCCUCCGCGUGUUUCCUGGAAUAUUUAUUUGUCUUUUACAAACUGACUCUACAAAGCUACCCUUCUGGCAUUGCAGAAAGCGCCUGAGUUCCUCGCAGGUCCCUGCAAGGUGUAGGCAUCCUCCGGAGAGGCCAGGGCAGGGCGCAGGUGCCAUCGGCAGGCUGCGGGGUGCUCUUCUUGGCGACUUGGGGACUUGGGGCUUUUUCCUCGCGCUUGCCAGGCGCUGAACUCUGAGCUGCAAGGACAGGAGUACGGAAAGGCUGCCAGGAGGGUAUCCCAGGGAGGAGUAUCCGGCCGCAGGCUCCGUCCCUCGCGCAUCUCCAGCCCGGGGUCUUCCCGCGCGGGCGGAGAUCGGGAUCUUCAGCGCUCGGCGUCUCACUCCUGCGUCUGCUCCGGGCCGGUGGCUUCCCUUUGCCGUCCGCCCGGAGGACCCGAUCCCCGAGCCCGCGGCUCGCUCUGCGGUCCGCGCUCGCGCUCCGCCGCCUGGCACCGCGCAGCCCGCUCUCCGGCUCCGGCUGCCCGCGCGGGGUGCACCCCGCCGCCCCGUCACCGCUCCCAGCUCGCCUGGCCUCCCGGGCCGCCGCCGGCCAGUCCACUUCGCCUUGUUUGCGUGAAGCAUGUCCGGCUCGGGGAGGAAAGACUUCGACGUGAAGCACAUCCUGCGGCUCCGCUGGAAACUCUUCAGCCACCCUGCGCCCUCCCCGGGCAGCCCGGCGGGGGGCGGCUGCCUGCAGCCCGACGGCGGCAGCAGCUUUGAGCACUGGGGACCCAGCCAAAGCCGCCUGCUCAAAAGCCAGGAGAAGGGCAGUGUAAGCGCUUUCUGGAAGAAGCCUUCCUCCUCUUCCUCCUCUCCGUCGUCCUCCCCGUCCUCCUCCGCCUCUUCCUUCAACCCCCUGAAUGGCACCCUGCUGCCUGUUGCCACAAGGCUGCAGCCGGGCGCCCCGGGGCAGGGCGCCCCGCAGCCGGCCAGGACUCUCUUCUACGUGGAGUCCCUGGAGGAGGAGGUGGUGCCCGGCGUGGACUUUCCUGGACCGCACCAAAAGGGGCUGCCCCUGCAAGAGCUCAAAGUGGAGCUGGCCAGCGCCAGCCAGGCAACAGGUGAAGGGUGUGGACACAGGCUGUCAACAACCAGCCAUUCACUGACACCUCAGAGUGAUUUGGACUCCAGCAGUUCUGAAGAAUUCUACCAAGCCGUUCACCAUGCUGAACAAACCUUCAGAAAAAUGGAAAGUUACCUGAAACAACAACAACUCUGUGAUGUUAUUCUGAUUGUUGGGAACAGAAAGAUACCUGCACAUAGGCUUGUUCUGAGCUCCGUCUCUGACUAUUUUGCGGCCAUGUUUACAAGUGAUGUUUGUGAAGCCAAGCAAGAGGAGAUCAAGAUGGAAGGCAUAGACCCCAAUGCCCUCUGGGACCUUGUUCAAUUUGCAUAUACAGGCUGCUUAGAAUUGAAGGAAGACACCAUCGAGAACCUGCUUGCCGCAGCGUGCCUGCUGCAGCUCCCGCAGGUGGUCGAUGUGUGCUGCCACUUCCUCAUGAAGCUUCUGCAUCCCUCAAACUGCUUAGGAAUCCGAGCGUUUGCCGAUGCCCAGGGCUGUAUUGAAUUAAUGAAAGUGGCUCACAGCUACACAAUGGAAAACAUAAUGGAAGUUAUCAGAAAUCAAGAGUUCUUACUCCUUCCAGCUGAGGAGCUUCAUAAACUACUGGCCAGUGAUGAUGUAAAUGUUCCUGAUGAAGAAACCAUUUUCCAUGCGUUAAUGAUGUGGGUCAAGUAUGACAUGCAGAGGAGAUGCAAUGACCUGAGUAUGCUUCUUGCCUUUAUACGACUGCCACUGCUUCCACCACAGAUACUGGCUGACUUAGAAAACCAUGCCUUAUUUAAGAAUGAUCUGGAAUGUCAAAAGCUGAUUCUGGAAGCAAUGAAAUACCAUCUCUUGCCAGAAAGAAGAACUUUAAUGCAAAGUCCAAGAACUAAACCCAGAAAAUCUACAGUUGGAACUCUGUAUGCAGUAGGAGGAAUGGAUAACAAUAAAGGAGCUACAACCAUAGAGAAGUAUGACCUCAGAACAAAUUUAUGGAUCCAGGCAGGAAUGAUGAACGGCAGGAGGUUGCAGUUUGGCGUGGCUGUUAUUGACGACAAACUCUUUGUAAUUGGAGGUCGAGAUGGCUUAAAGACAUUGAACACUGUUGAAUGCUACAAUCCCAAAACCAAGACGUGGACUGUCUUACCUCCGAUGUCAACACAUAGACAUGGUCUAGGUGUGACAGUGCUUGAAGGGCCCAUUUAUGCUGUGGGAGGUCACGAUGGCUGGAGUUACCUGAACACAGUGGAGAGGUGGGAUCCGCAGAGCCAGCAGUGGACUUUUGUGGCCAGUAUGUCCAUAGCUCGGAGCACAGUCGGUGUAGCGGCACUGAAUGGCAAAUUGUAUUCAGUUGGAGGUCGUGAUGGAAGUUCCUGUUUGAGUUCAAUGGAGUACUACGAUCCUCAUACAAAUAAGUGGAACAUGUGUGCUCCAAUGUGUAAGAGGAGAGGAGGUGUUGGAGUGGCUACUUGUGACGGGUUCCUUUAUGCCGUAGGCGGUCACGAUGCUCCUGCUUCAAAUCACUGUUCCAGGCUCCUAGAUUAUGUAGAAAGGUAUGACCCAAAAACAGACACAUGGACAAUGGUGGCUCCCUUGAGUAUGCCCAGAGAUGCGGUUGGCGUGUGUCUCCUAGGUGACAGGUUAUAUGCUGUUGGUGGCUAUGAUGGGCAGACAUACCUCAACACUAUGGAAUCCUAUGAUCCACAAACUAAUGAGUGGACACAGAUGGCUUCCUUGAAUAUUGGAAGAGCUGGUGCCUGUGUGGUAGUCAUCAAGCAACCUUGACUUAUGUUUACUUGAUUUGGAUGGGUUUUAUUUGCUGCAGUGGUUAUUUUUAUAUCAUAUGGCAAGAAUGAGAACUUUCUGAGAUAAAAAUUCUUCAAGAGUAAGGUUUCCUGUAAAUUUACCUAUUGAUGGGAAAAAGAAGCAAAAAGAUGGAGCAUAAUUAUAGGAAAGAAGAAAACAAACGGGCAGAGGAAUAUGUCUGGCCAUAUGUUAGUUCAGGAAUGGUUAUUGGUAAUUUGUUUUGUAUUGUUAGCAUACAAGAACUACAGUUACCAAAGGCUUGUUUUUUCUUGAGCAGCUGAAAGGAGAGAGCAACAUUUAUGACAUGGAUAAUUUCAUAACUACAAAUCAUUCAAUUGCUUUAUAAUCUGUGACAAUAUCGAAAAGAAUAGAAGACAUAUCAUCUCACAAAUUGUGAUUGAUUUAAUGUUUCCUAAUCAGAUGUAGUCAUACCAGGAAACAGAGUCAUGCUUUAUUAAAAUAAAUCUGCUUAUUACUCAUUUUCUUGAGCUAAAAGAACAAAUAGAGAAACAGAUUCGUAUUUAUGUCCUGCAUUUAGGAAACAUCCUGUCCUGUUAAUCAAAGCUGCGUAUUUCAUCAGAAAUAACGGUUACAUUUUAUUGCUACUAUCUCCACAAUUUGAAACUGGAGAACUUGGAGGAUUGCUUUCAUCAGCUUGCCAUAUUGCUUUGCAUUUUCAGCACACUGAGCCAAAGAAUCAGUACCAUCAUGGUCUUUUGUUGAGUUCAGUGUAAGCAUGGAAGUUAGUUGUUCUGAACUAUAUAUAUAUAUAUAUAUAUAUAUAUAUAUAUAUAUAUAUUCACUCCACUGCAUGAUAUAGUCCUUAAAAAUUUCAUUCUUGAGAAUGCCAGAAUUUUGAAGGAAAAAUACAUGAUCCCUUAAAUUGGAGUGUUUUUUGCUGUAAGGAAGACUGACUUCAGAAUCUCAUUCACCAUUUAUCACACUUGUUACACUGAUAUUUACUUGAUUUUAAACAAGAUGUUUGUAAUCAUUUAAAGCAUAAACAGUACAUACUAGGAACACUAUAAUAUUGUUAAUAAAUGGACCCAUGUCAAUUUUGACUACAAUUAAUAAAUGAUAGAACAUUUGCUUUAAUCAGUGUAUCUUUCUUCAAUAAAUGUUAAUUUAUAUUUUAAUUGAAAACCGACAAGGUAUAUUCCAAAAACAAGCAAUUUAUUUUGCAUCACUUGCAAUAUUUUGCAUUAUAUUUCAAGAAAUAUAUAUUUCCAUCAAAGUGUAACCCCUUUUUCUCAUAACAGUAAUGCCAUGCUAACGCCAAAUGCAAUUUUAAUCAUUGCUUUCUUUUGUAGUUGCUCUCUUGAGACAGAAAACUUUAGCUCCCAGAAAAGUCAUUGUAUAAUAGAGAAUUGUGCACAGAUUAAAAAACAGGGUAAUUCUCUUUUGAAGUAAAUGUAAAUCAUAAAAUUAUUUUAUUGUGAAUAAUGAAAAAUACUUGAAAUCUAGCAUGAAGGAAAAUAUUAAUAACAGAGGAACUCAAGAAAAUAUUAGGAAGUACGAAAUUUCCCCAAAUGUAUAUGUGAUCAUUUUGUUACUCACAUUUUAUUUCAAGAAAAUGUUGUCAUUAUAACUAUAAAAGACUAAAGCAAUAUCACUAAUUAUUAUAUUACAUUGUCUAUUUUAAUUUGUGAUUUUAAUGUUCUCAUUAGUUACAAAAUUAACUAAAAUGCAUUAAAGAUUUAAAUGUAAGAUGUGAAACUAUUAAACUACUUGAAGGAAACAUAGAGGACACACUUCAGGACACUGAAGUGGCAAGAAUUUCUUGGAAAAGACCCAAACAAACACUAGAUGUCAAAGUAAAAGCAGACAACUGAGAUUACAUCAAAUAAAUAAGUUAUUUUUGCAACAAUGCAAAAAUUCAACAUAAGCAAGAGACAACCACAGAAAGGGAGAAAAUAUUUUUAAUUUAUACAUCUGAUAAGAUUAUUGAGAACAUACAAGGAAGUUAAAGAAGUAAAAUUUCAAAUAUCCUAAAAUUAAAAGUGGGCAGUAAACAUAUAUUUCUUAAAAGAAGACACACAAAUGGCCAAUACAUAUGUGAAAACAUACUCAAUACCAGUUAUCAUCAGAAAAUUCAAAUAGGAACUACAGGUAAAAUAUCAACUCAUUCUACAAAAAAGAGUAGUUAUUAAAAAAUGACAAAGAUGUAAAUUAAAGGGAACUUUGGCACACUAUUGGUGGGAAUGUGACUUAGUAUAACCACAUGAAAAACAAUAUAAAGCUUUCUGAAGCAUUUGAAAUAAAAUUAUCAUGUGAUCCAUCUAUCUCACUGCUGGAAUAUAACCAAAGGAAAGGAAAUAAACAUGUUGAACAGAUACCUUCACUUCUUUGUUUACUGCAAGAUUUUAAAAUUAGCAAAGAAAUGAAAACAAACUAAGUGUAAAUCAACAGCUGAGCUCAUUAAAAAAUAUGACACAUAUAUGCCAUGGAAUAGAAUUCAGUCUUAAGAAGAAUGAAAUGUUAUUUGCAAAAAAAAAAAAAAUGAAGCUGGAGAUCAUUACGCUAAAUGAAUACAACAGGAAAAGGAAAAAUGACUGCUGUAGAAUCUCAACCACAUACAAAAUACAAAAAUAUUUUGUUUGUGACUAGGAAUAGAGUUUGUUGGUAGGUUUCUUGCUUAGCAUGUGCAAGGCUUUGAGCUAAGUCCUCAGCACCAAAAUACAAAAAAAAAAAAAUCUUGUUGUUCUAGAAAUGAAAAGGAAAAUAGUUGUUUAAAAAAUAAUGGAAAAAAGAGACUGGACAGUGUGAGGGUAAGGUUAAUCAAAGAGAAAUAAGUUAAUUGCAUAGGAAUAAGAAGUUUGAUGUGUUAUUGAUAGUAAAUGAUUUGCAUUUACCAUACAUAGGAAAUGACACAUUUGAAUCUACGUAUUGCAGACAAAAUGACGGCAAAGAGAAGUCAAGUUUAUCUGAUUUUUUUGCUUUACAUUCUCAUGAUAAAAACAGGUUAUCAAACUGUUUUACUAGACUGUAAAAAAAUAGUAAUUGUUGAGCAUAUCUAAAACAAAGAAAAAUUUGUGCUGUUGCUUCAAUCCUUAGGCUUAUAGAAAUGUACCAUAAUUUUCACUAUAAGGGAAUUAAUAUUACCAGAAAAUUUUAAAUAAUGUUGUCAAGCAUCAUGUUUUUUGAUAUUAAUUACAGUUUAGGAUUUGUAUAUUUUAAAGACAUAUACUUACAUAUGAUGGUUUUUCCUACUGUCAGUGCCAUAGUGAAAAGUAUAUUUAACUGUUUUGUUUUUACUGUUUUUCAGUGUGAAUCUUCUUAGACCCACUCUCAGAUUUAAUUUUAGAUAACUAGUAGUAAGACAUGUAGUAUAUUGAACAAUGAAAGUGUAAAAUAUGUCUUUGGCCAGUACCACUCUGAAUGUGCCUGAUCUCAUCUAAAAGUGUAAGAUAAUUUUCAUCAGAAGCAAACUUAAAUAAAUUGUAAUAUUCCUAAAA